UGUCGGAUGCCGGGGUGUAUUAACGUGAUGUCCCUACGGUCCAGGUCUUAUGAGACAGUGCAGUCUACAAUUUAAAGCAGCGCAAUGGACGCCAGCUCAGUACUAUUAGGUGCACUAUAGCACAGUGAUUUUACCUGAUGACAUCUAAACCAAAGGCCCUGUUGGCCCCCCUGCCUUGGACAGAGAUCCUUGCUUACUGGGUGCUGUCCUUUGGCUCUCAUCUGUACUCUUUCUACCAACUGCACAGGUUCUCCAAAGAGCAUGAAGCAGGAUUGCAGAGGGAAUUCCACCUGGAAAAAGGCCUUCUGAAAGGUUUUAAUAGGGACCCAUCAGACUUUGAGUGGAGUUUCUGGACUGAGUGGGCUAAGAAGUCUUUGCUGUGGACUCUGAUUGGUCAUGGCGUGGUAUCAAGACUGACCAACAUCUUUUACCCCAAGUUUAGGGUGCCAGCGCUCACAAUAUAUGGCCUCUUGGCAGCCAGCAGUGUGCUGGGGAUCAAAGGCGUGAGUGUGCUGCUGGUACAUCUGGGCUUGUCCUUUUCAGUGGCCCGACUGCGAAAGCCUGCUCUGUCAUGGGCCUGUAACCUGCUGCUGCUCUCCACACUUCACAUCCAACCACUUCAAGAGAUCCAGAGAGGCUGGUAUCAGACCGAGGAGGAAUACUAUCUGCUACUCUUCAGUGUUGCUGUCUGUGGUCUCCGCUUCAUCAGCUUCAGCCUGGAGCAUUGCUGGUGCCCUCUAGACCGGGGUGUAGUUGUGCAGCUCUGUUGGCUGUUUUCAUACACCUUCUAUCAUCCUUUUUUCUACAAUGGGCCCAUUAUCACAUACAAAGACUAUUGUGAGCAGAUGUGGAGGCCUGCUGAGGAGACAGACAGGGACGAAUCUGCUCUUAGCUACUUGGUUCUCAGAUCAGGACGGAUCCUGCUAUGGUGGUGCAUUGCAGAAUACAUGAUCCAUGUCAUGUACAUGCACUCCAUCCAGUCUAAUGAGACAUACUUAGAAAUACUUCCUCCUUGGGCCUUGGGUGGUCUGGCCCUGGCCCUUGUCCAGUUCUUCUAUGUGAAGUAUCUGGUGCUGUUUGGACUUCCGUCCAUGCUGGCUACUUUGGAUAAACUAGUCCCCCCAAAGCUUCCUCGCUGUGUCAGCAUCAUGUACAGUUUCACGGGGAUGUGGAGGCACUUUGACGAGGGUCUGUAUCGAUGGCUCAUCAGAUACAUCUAUGUGCCACUGGGAGGUUCACGGCACGGCCUUCUUUACAAAAUGUUAUCCACCGGCCUUGCGUUCGGAUUCGUCUGCCUCUGGCACGGUGGCCAUGACUACUUACAGUACUGGGCCCUGAUGAACUGGGUCGGAGUUCUGGUGGAAAAUGGACUGAAGUCUCUUUUUGCCUCAUCCUUUAUUCACUCCAUUGUUGAGCAGAAUUUCUCUGUGGCGAUGGAAAGGCGCUGCGUCGCCCUCCUCUCUGCCUUCUCCACUGCCAUGCUCAUCCUGUCUAAUCUGGUGUUCCUUGGGGGGAUACAUGUUGGCAGAAUCUUCUGGAAGCGUGUCUUCAUUCAAGGCUGGUUCACCAUGGCCCCACCUAUGCUGGCUUUCCUCUACUGCUUUGCUCAGAUUGGACUUGAGUGGACUUCUCACCCACCAUGAGUCACCUUGACUUUGUAUCGGAGCGAGAAUCCCUGCGACCGGACAACCAAUCUGCUGAGUCCAGCGCCUUGUCCUCACCAGCCAGAGUCUCUGUGGCUAACCUGGCUCGUAGCCACUGAACCUGUCCAAACCUGGCUGAGGUGCAGCUGAGCAGCCACUUUUCCUGCAAGACCUCACAAAUCUGUCUGCAAGCUAAGACUUAGAGGAUCAGUUUUGAUUCUUUGUAAGGAGAGAGCUUCUUGUACUUGGGACAUUCUCUCAAACUAUGAUAGAAUGAGUGUGAAGCAGUAAGUUCAGUACAUCUCCGGUAGCAGCCCUGCUAGUGUCAAGUUUUUACCCAAGCUUCACUGAAUCAGUUAUUCUAAGACACUGUAAAAGAAAAGAUGGACCCUGAAUCUGGCUUGGUUAUAUCACUCUGAUAAGGUUUUGCUCAGUGGUGCAGUGAGCUGGAGAAAUGCUAAUAUCAUAUUUACCUUCAUCCUCUACCUCGCGACAAAAGCAGUGUAGGCAGAGACCUGAUCAAUGUCAUUAUUUCCUCUACAGAUGUAAUUGGGCAGUUAAAGUAGAAUGACACUAAUAUUAGUAGAUGUGUUGUUUAAAAGCUUUGGAGGGACCACACUGUAGCUUUUAAUUGAACGCAGUAACAAUGGUGGAUGACAUUUAUCCACUGAAAUGCAGACGAAAGCUAUUUUCUGAGCCAGGAUGUAAAACAAACCCACAAGCUGUAGCUUUUUAAUGUGUUGAUACCGCCAAAAUGUCAACUGUACAAUGAGUCAGACCACGUUUGGAUUAAAACCUUCAAGUUUCAUGAUUAUGAACAUCCAUCCAUCUUUCUGUGUUACACUGGAUAUGAUGCAGUGAGUCAUUACAGUUUCAUUGUUCCAGCUGUGCGCGUGUCCUCAUGCAUACAAGUCAGGACAUUGUGGGUAUUUUGGGGUAUGUUGAAGAGGUUAACCUGCUCUAAAAUUAAUCUGAAAUCUUCUUCAUUAUUAACUUCAUCCAAAAUCAACUCAUAAAACUCUUUCAGGAAGUAUUAAACAGCUCUAUCUUAAUAUUUUCAAUGCAGAGUUUUGAAGUUCUCUGAGUAUUUUUAAAGGAUACGGCUGGUGUAAUUCUAGAUUUUUUCUUAUAUAAAAAAUUAAGUAAAAUUAAAAUAAUGCAUUGUGUAAGCAAAAUGCUGAAUCUUUUCUGGUUCCAGCUUCUCAAACGUGAGGAGUUGCUGCUUUUCUCUGCUUUAUAUAAUUGUAAACUAAUAUUCUUUAGGAUUUGGACUAUAUGUUGGACAAGACAUCUGUAUUUUGAUAUUUUAUAUACCAAACAAUCAAUGAAUGGAGAAAAUAACCUCAGACUAAUCUCUAAUAAUUCUUGUUGUUUGCAGCUCCAUUGAGGGUCAUCAGGUUGAGGUCAUCUAUUGAAGCAGGGACAUGAUGAUGAGGUGGUUGACCCGUUAACACCACAAGUACACAGUAUGAAUAGUUCUUGGUGAUAAGUUACCCAUCUUGAAAGCAUUUCUUUCUUUUAUAUUUCAGAUCAAAAUAUAUUACUUACUGUGUAAUCCAGUGGGGGGGGGGUAACUCGUUUGUCACCAAUUUUAAAAGACAAACUUCAUGUUCUGUGAAGUAACAGAAAGCUGCUUGAAAAAGCUGCUCUUACUCUUCACAGUACACAGAAAGGAGAGCAAACAGCUCCAGGCUUUGGCUUCCAAGAUUAGUUUUAGAACUGGUGAAUUUUAAAUCAGAGGUGCCAUCGCUGAGAUUCAUCAUCAUCAUCAUCAUCAAAUCAUGACUGUUGCCAAGGUUUGCAGCUGUCUUACCUGCACAUGUCUGUGACUUCUGCCUCUAUCA